CUAUGACCAACAUGUCUUUGUGUACUGCAUGCAUGGAUACACGCGUAUUCUUUGUGUACUGCAUGCCUGGAUACACGUGUAGAACAAUAUCCAUUAUUAACUGGGUGUGUGUACAGCUUGUCCAAUAUAAACGAUAUGUAAACAGGUGCUCUGUAAAGAACUCACUAUCUGAGAAGCAGCUCGCCAUCGAGAACUAUCGCUCAGACAAAGGGUGUUCAAUCACACAUGUCUUGACUUCAGUUGUCUACAUGCUGUACGUGGACUUUCUCUCGCCCACUGACAACGAAAUCGUUUCAUGCCACGGUUGCUGUAUUGUUUCACUAUAAGGAUUAAUCACAGACACAGGCCGAUUGCCCUCAUGAAAAAAGGAAAUAGAAUAUUGUGUUUAACAGUUGUAACGACAAUCAUUGUCGUGUUCAGCUACUACAACGAUAAUCCAAUGCCGCCGACAUCCGCCCCGGACGUCCACGCAGAUUCCCCCGGGCCAUCGACAAAGGAAAUAACUCCUAUUGCUUCGUUUUCCACUCUACGCAGAAACGCUGCAAGACCAACAACAACAGCUGUCAGCAGAGAAGAAGCAAUACGAGUGGAAAGGAAAAUCCAACUUUUUCAUGUCAAAAUAACUGAAAAGGAGCGGCAUGUAUUUGAGGUCCUCCUUAAAACUUUCCUUAAAGCCGUACCAGUUAACGUUACAUAUUUUUUGUAUUCCGGUUCGUUGCUUGGCUCUUAUCGUCAUCACGGCAUGAUUCCUUGGGACGAUGACCUUGACCUUGUAGUGCGAGCAGACGACAAACCAGCACUGUUCACCUCACUGUCCACACAAGCACCAGACUUUAUCAUCAACCGACAUGGUGUUCGCAGGUGGAAAUUUUACAAUCAAGAAUCCCAACCUGUCCCUAACCGCUCGUGGAGGUGGCCCUCGCUUGACAUUAGCUUCUUCACCGACAAUGGCACACACGUUCUGGAUGUGGAUGCCGCCAUGUUCUCAAAAUUUGUGUAUAAGCGGACUGAUGUGUUUCCGCUCUGCAGGCGACCUUUCAUGGGCCUCCUGCUUCCAACACCCAGAAAUACAGAAAGCAUCAUCCGCCAUCAUUAUAGUCUCAGCAUCUGUCAGAACACACCGACUGAUCACAAGUUCGGAGCAGGGAUUCCGAUGAACAAGCGUGCCAUUUUACCCUGCAACAAACUGAAGGCCAUCCAUCCAUUUGUUCGACGGGAAUACAGCUCCAAUGGCACUCUGGAGAUACUAGAGAGGAAUACCACUCGCAUUGGAUCGUAUUUCAUCCCUGGCAAGGAUUAACCUUUCGCAAUCAGUUUCUUAGAAAUGUUUACCCAGCAACUUGUAACGCAACGACCGUGCUGUUGGUUUUCUGUAGAUUUUAACUAGUCUAUGUCUACGCAUUUAGAGAACAGUGAUCAAUAAACGUGGCAGAGACUUAAAAGGUGUUACAGGUGUGCCCAGAGAUUGUCCCAAAGUGAUGGUCUUCUUGGUGCUAGUCUUCUAAGGCUGUUCCUCGGGGCUGCUCUGCUGGUCUGGUCGUCUUCACUGCCAGGCCGUCUCUCUGUGUCUGUCUCUUAUGCUACCCUCUGUAUUUAAAGGGUAGCAGGGCUCUUCCCUUUCAAUCUGGCGGCCAGGGUUCGCCCUAUAAUUACGUGUCAUUGUUUGCCCCUGUACUAACUCUAUAUACCCAGUUGUUUAAU